GCCGGCUGCCUGAGAAAGCCGGCGCGGCGCUUGGCCUCGGCUUCCCGGCCGAGAGUGGUGAGGCGGAGGCCGGGGAGGCGGGAGGCCCGCGGGGCCGGGGCGGGAGGCGAAGACUCAUGAAAUGGCCACAGAUGACAAGAGUUCCCCGACACUGGACUCUGCUAAUGAUUUGCCUCGCUCUCCUGCCAGCCCUUCUCACCUCACUCACUUUAAACCCUUGACUCCUGACCAGGAUGAGCCCCCCUUCAAGUCAGCAUAUAGUUCUUUUGUAAACCUUUUUCGUUUCAACAAAGAGCGAGGAGAAGGGGGCCAAGGAGAGCAGCAGUCUCCGAGUUCAAGUUGGUCCAGCCCUCAGAUCCCUUCAAGAACACAGUCUGUGAGGUCGCCUGUACCUUAUAAAAAGCAGCUUAAUGAGGAACUCCACCGGCGCUCUUCAGUGUUAGCAGAGAACACUUUGCCACAUCCUCAGGAGAGCACAGACUCCAGAAGGAAAGCAGAACCAGCCUGUGGAGGUCAUGACCCACGUACAGCUGUUCAGCUUCGAAGCCUCAGCACAGUACUGAAGCGCCUCAAAGAAAUCAUGGAAGGAAAAAGCCAGGACAGUGACCUGAAACAAUAUUGGAUGCCAGAUAGCCAGUGUAAAGAGUGCUAUGACUGCAGUGAAAAGUUUACAACCUUUAGGCGCAGACACCAUUGCAGACUGUGUGGGCAGAUUUUCUGCAGUCGUUGUUGUAAUCAAGAAAUCCCUGGAAAAUUUAUGGGCUAUACAGGAGACCUCCGAGCAUGCACCUACUGUAGAAAAAUAGCCUUAAGUUAUGCUCAUUCCACAGACAGUAAUUCCAUUGGGGAAGACUUAAAUGCUCUUUCAGAUUCAACUUGCUCUGUGUCUAUACUUGAUCCAAGCGAACCUCGGACACCUGUUGGGAGUAGAAAAGCCAGUCGUAACAUAUUCUUAGAGGAUGAUUUAGCCUGGCAAAGUUUGAUUCAUCCGGAUUCCUCAAAUAGUGCUCUUUCAACAAGACUCGUAUCUGUUCAGGAGGAUGCUGGGAAGUCUCCUGCUCGAAACAGAUCAGCCAGCAUUACCAAUCUGUCACUGGAUCGGUCUGGUUCUCCUAUGGUUCCUUCAUAUGAGACAUCUGUUAGUCCCCAGGCUAACCGAAACUACGUUAGGACAGAGACUACUGAGGAUGAACGCAAAAUUCUUUUGGACAGUGCUCAGUUAAAGGAUCUGUGGAAGAAAAUCUGCCAUCACACCAGUGGGAUGGAAUUUCAGGAUCACCGUUACUGGUUGAGAACACAUCCCAACUGCAUUGUAGGAAAGGAAUUAGUCAACUGGCUAAUCAGAAAUGGACACAUCGCUACAAGGGCACAAGCUAUAGCAAUUGGACAAGCAAUGGUUGAUGGACGUUGGUUGGAUUGUGUUAGUCAUCAUGACCAGCUUUUCAGGGACGAGUAUGCGUUGUAUAGACCACUUCAGAGUACAGAAUUUUCUGAGACACCUUCUCCAGACAGUGACUCCGUGAACUCUGUGGAAGGACACUCUGAGCCAUCCUGGUUUAAAGACAUAAAAUUUGAUGACAGUGACACAGAACAGAUUGCUGAAGAAGGUGACGAUAAUUUGGCUAAUUCUGCCAGUCCUAGCAAGCGCACCUCAGUCAGCAGUUUCCAGUCCACAGUGGACAGUGACUCAGCCGCUUCUAUCAGCCUGAACGUGGAGCUGGACAACGUGAACUUCCAUAUCAAGAAGCCCUCCAAGUACCCACAUGUGCCCCCUCACCCUGCUGACCAAAAAGAGUAUCUGGUUUCUGACACUGGAGGACAGCAGCUCUCAAUAAGUGAUGCCUUCAUCAAAGAGUCCUUAUUUAAUCGACGAGUAGAGGAAAAAUCCAAAGAGCUGCCUUUUACCCCUUUGGGCUGGCAUCAUAAUAACCUGGAACUCUUGCGAGAGGAGAAUGAGGAGAAGCAAGCCAUGGAAAGGCUGCUUUCAGCUAAUCAUAACCACAUGAUGGCCCUACUCCAGCAGUUGCUUCAAAACGAGUCAUUGUCAUCGUCUUGGAGGGACAUCAUUGUGUCACUAGUCUGCCAGGUUGUUCAGACAGUACGACCUGAUGUCAAGCACCAGGAUGAUGACAUGGAUAUCCGUCAGUUUGUCCAUAUUAAGAAGAUCCCAGGUGGAAAGAAAUUUGAUUCUGUGGUUGUCAAUGGCUUUGUCUGUACCAAGAACAUUGCACAUAAAAAGAUGAAUUCCUGUAUUAAAAACCCCAAAAUCCUUCUGUUGAAGUGUUCUAUUGAGUAUCUCUAUAGAGAAGAAACUAAGUUUACCUGCAUUGAUCCUAUUGUGCUUCAGGAAAGGGAAUUCUUGAAGAAUUAUGUUCAACGAAUAGUUGAUGUUCGACCCACAUUGGUUCUUGUUGAGAAAACAGUGUCUCGGAUUGCUCAGGACAUGUUAUUGGAACAUGGCAUUACUCUGGUCAUUAAUGUAAAGUCACAAGUUUUAGAAAGAAUCAGUCGAAUGACGCAAGGUGAUUUAGUGGUGUCCAUGGACCAGCUGCUCACCAAACCCCACUUGGGCACUUGCCAAAAAUUUUAUAUGCAGAUAUUUCAGUUGCCUAAUGAACAAACCAAAACACUGAUGUUUUUUGAAGGCUGUCCACAGCACCUAGGCUGCACAAUCAAGCUCAGAGGAGGCUCUGAUUAUGAGCUGGCUCGAGUUAAGGAGAUCCUAAUAUUUAUGAUCUGUGUAGCUUAUCAUUCUCAGCUAGAAAUCUCUUUUCUCAUGGAUGAGUUUGCUAUGCCUCCAAUGUUAAUGCAAAGCUCUUCAUUCCAUUUUCUGACGGAGGGACGAGGUGAAGAGGGAGCUUCUCAGGAGCAGGUCAGUGGCAGCUCCCUUCCUCAGGAUCCUGAGUGCCCUCUUGAGGCCCUGCCUUCUGAUGAUAGCACUUUGUUGGAAUCAAGGAUUGUGCUUGAGAAGGGUGAACUGGACAAUAAAAGUAUUCCACAAACUGUUGCCUCUUUGAAGCAUCAAGAUUAUACCACCCCCACUUGCCCAGCAGGUAUCCCCUGUGCUCUCUUUGCAUUGGUACCAGAGUCAUUGUUGCCUCUCCAUAUGGAUCAACAGGAUGCUGUAGGAAAUGAACAGCCAGAGACAUCACAGCAAACGGAUGAGCAACAGGAUCCCAAAAGCCAGAUGAAAGCUUUUAGAGACCCUCUGCAGGAUGACACUGGAAUGUAUGUUACUGAGGAAGUCACUUCCUCUGAAGAUAAACGAAAGACUUAUGCCUUGACAUUUAAACAGGAAUUAAAAGAUGUAAUCCUCUGUAUCUCUCCAGUUAUUACAUUCCGUGAACCUUUCCUUUUAACUGAAAAGGGAAUGAGGUGCUCAACUCGAGAUUAUUUUCCAGAGCAGAUUUACUGGUCUCCUCUUCUCAACAAAGAGGUGAAGGAAAUGGAGAGCAGGAGGAAGAAACAGCUGCUCAGGGAUCUCUCUGGACUUCAGGGCAUGAAUGGCAGUGUUCAGGCCAAGUCUAUUCAAGUCUUACCCUCACAUGAGCUAGUGAGCACCAGGAUUGCUGAACAUCUGGGUGACAGCCAGACCUUGGGUAGAAUGCUAGCUGAUUAUCGAGCUAGAGGAGGAAGAAUUCAGUCUAAACAUUUGGACCCUUUUGUACAUUCAAAAGAUGCAUCAUGUACUUCAGGUGUCAAAUCAGGAAGCAAAGCUGAGAGUGAUGAAGAGAGGGGAUUGAUUCCAAGUGAUGUAUUAUGGCCAACAAAGGUGGACUGUCUGAAUCCUGCUAACCACCAGAGGCUCUGUGUGCUCUUCAGCAGCUCUUCUGCCCAGUCCAGCAAUGCUCCCAGUGCUUGUGUCAGUCCUUGGAUUGUAACAAUGGAGUUUUAUGGAAAGAAUGACCUUACACUGGGAAUAUUUUUAGAAAGAUACUGUUUCAGGUCUUCUUACCAGUGUCCGAGCAUGUUCUGUGACACCCCCAUGGUUCAUCACAUUCGACGCUUUGUUCAUGGCCAAGGCUGUGUACAGAUAAUUCUGAAGGAGUUGGAUUCUCCAGUGCCUGGAUAUCAACAUACAAUUCUCACAUAUUCCUGGUGCAGAAUCUGCAAACAAGUAACACCAGUUGUUGCUCUUUCAAAUGAAUCCUGGUCUAUGUCAUUUGCAAAGUACCUUGAACUUCGAUUUUAUGGCCACCAGUACACACGCAGAGCCAAUGCUGAGCCCUGCGGUCACUCUAUCCACCAUGAUUAUCACCAGUAUUUCUCUUAUAACCAGAUGGUGGCAUCUUUCAGUUAUUCUCCUAUUCGGCUUCUUGAAGUAUGUGUUCCACUACCAAAAAUAUUCAUUAAGCGUCAAGCCCCACUGAAGGUAUCUCUUCUUCAGGAUCUCAAGGACUUUUUUCAGAAGGUUUCACAGGUGUACCUAGCUGUUGAUGAGAGACUUGCAUCUUUGAAAACGGAUACAUUUAGCAAAACUAGAGAGGAAAAGAUGGAAGAUAUCUUUGCACAAAAGGAGAUGGAAGAGGGUGAGUUUAAGAACUGGACAGAGAAGAUGCAAGCAAGGCUCAUGUCUUCCUCUGUGGAUACCCCUCAGCAACUGCAGUCCAUUUUUGAGUCACUGAUUGCCAAGAAGCAAAGCCUCUGUGAGGUGCUCCAGGCGUGGAACAGCAGGUUGCAGGACCUCUUCCAGCAGGAAAAAGGUAGAAAGAGGCCUUCAGUUCCUCCCAGUCCUGGGAGGCUGAGACAAGGUGAAGAAAGCAAGAUAAAUGCAAUGGACACAUCUCCAAGGAAUAUUUCUCCAGGACUUCACAAUGGAGAAAAAGAGGAUCGCUUCUUGACAACCCUGUCCAGCCAGAGCUCCACGAGCUCCACCCACCUCCAGCUGCCCACUCCUCCCGAGGCCCUGGCGGAGCAGUUAGUGGGAGGGCCGACUGAUCUGGAUACAGCCAGUGGCUCUGAAGAUGUAUUUGAUGGUCAUUUGCUGGGAUCCACAGACAGCCAGGUGAAGGAAAAGUCAACCAUGAAAGCCAUCUUUGCUAAUUUGCUUCCAGGAAACAGCUAUAAUCCCAUUCCAUUUCCUUUUGAUCCAGAUAAACACUACUUAAUGUAUGAACAUGAACGGGUGCCCAUUGCUGUCUGUGAGAAAGAGCCCAGUUCCAUCAUUGCUUUUGCACUCAGUUGUAAAGAAUACCGAAAUGCCUUAGAGGAAUUGUCCAAAGCAACUCUGUGGAACAGUGCUGAAGAAGGGCUCCCAACCAAUAGUGCUUUAGAUAACAGGCCAAAGAGUAACAGCCCUAUUAGACUACCUGAAAUCAGUGGAGGACAGACAAACCGCACAGCAGAAGCAGAACCUCAGCCAACCAAAAAAGCUUCAGGAAUGUUGUCCUUCUUCAGAGGAACAGCAGGGAAGAGUCCUGAUCUGUCUUCUCAGAAGAGGGAGACCUUACGUGGGGCAGACAGUGCCUACUACCAGGUUGGGCAGGCUGGCAAGGAGGGGAUGGAGAGUCAAGGCCUGGAGCCUCAAGAUGAAGUAGAUGGAGGAGAUACACAGAAGAAACAACUCACAAAUCCUCAUGUGGAACUUCAAUUUUCUGAUGCUAAUGCCAAGUUUUACUGUCGUCUGUACUACGCGGGAGAGUUCCAUAAGAUGCGUGAAGUGAUUCUGGGCAGCAGCGAGGAGGAUUUCAUUCGUUCCCUUUCUCACUCAUCUCCCUGGCAGGCCCGGGGAGGCAAGUCAGGAGCUGCUUUCUAUGCCACCGAAGAUGAUAGAUUCAUUCUGAAGCAAAUGCCUCGUCUGGAAGUCCAAUCUUUCCUUGACUUUGCACCACACUACUUCAAUUAUAUCACAAAUGCUGUUCAACAAAAGAGGCCCACCGCCUUGGCUAAAAUUCUUGGAGUUUACAGAAUUGGUUAUAAGAACUCUCAGAACAACACUGAGAAGAAGUUAGAUCUCCUUGUCAUGGAAAAUCUUUUCUAUGGGAGAAAGAUGGCACAGGUUUUUGAUUUGAAGGGUUCACUUAGGAAUCGAAAUGUAAAAACUGACACUGGGAAAGAGAGCUGUGAUGUGGUUCUGUUGGAUGAAAACCUCCUAAAGAUGGUUCGAGACAACCCUCUCUAUAUUCGUUCCCAUUCCAAAUCUGUGCUGAGAACUUCCAUCCACAGCGAUGCCCAUUUCCUUUCCAGCCAUCUCAUUAUAGACUAUUCUCUGCUGGUUGGGCGAGAUGACACUAGCAAUGAGCUUGUGGUUGGCAUCAUAGACUACAUUCGAACAUUUACAUGGGACAAAAAACUUGAGAUGGUUGUGAAGUCAACAGGAAUUUUAGGAGGACAAGGUAAAAUGCCAACUGUGGUCUCUCCAGAGUUAUAUAGGACUAGAUUUUGUGAAGCAAUGGACAAGUAUUUCUUGAUGGUGCCAGACCACUGGACAGGGUUGGAUCUGAAUUGCUGAAAUCACACAGAUGAUUUGAAAAAGACUGUGAACGAAAGAGGAUCUGAAGAAGAAACCCAAACUAUAUGAUGUUUUGUUUCUUUGUCAUAUAGACCACUGAACACAAAGACCUUUCAGUUCUAUGACUGUCUUUAGAUUGGCUUUAGACUGUCCAUGACUGCAGGGUAAAAAAGCCCCAUGGAUUUGCUUUUGAUAUUUGCUAUUAUCUGCCUGUAAAUGGGAAAUUGUAAAAGUUAAAUACAAUGUUCUUUUCAAAGGGCUGUGAUUAGAGAUGACUAUAUAGAUGGAGUAAGAUAUUGAGUUGUCAUACUUACUAACUCAAUUGCUUGAAGAGAAAAGUGCUGUCUGAUAGACAUUGUCUGGUAGACUGACAGGUAGACUGUCUAGUAGACUGUGACUGUCUGGUAGACUGUGACUGUCUAGCAUCACAUUUGUUACUUUUUUCCCUGAGAAGGCACUUGCAGACCUUCUUGGUUUGGUAUGUUUCCUGUGUAGUGACUUUAUGUUUGUUCUUAUAAUAUCUGAAACAUUUAGGAAAAAAUCUGAUUUAUUCCAUUAAUGGCCAGUUAAACAGAUUGGUGCUUGCUUUAUUAGGAAUUUGACUUAAAUUAGGAAUCCUGCCAUAAUCUAUAUUCUCCAACUGUUUUGAUGCUUUCACAUUCUACCUUCUAUGCAGGUGACAAGAGCCUUUAGUCCUUAGCUUGAAAGCCUUUCUUUCUUAGAACAUUUUAAGGAGCUUGUUUAAAACAUUUGUGUAAUGUGCCAAACAGCACUUAAUCUGCAUGUAUGUUCAUAGUCUAGAUUUCCCUCUCAUUUUGGGGAAGCAAAAUAAGCAGGAAAUAAAACUGUAGUCACUGAAGCCCUGAGUGAAGAAUUAAUAAUGAAGGAUUUUUUUAAUGGCAAAGAGAAACUGGGUGAGAAUCAAAAAUGUGGGGUUUUGUUGUUUGUUCUUGUUUUUCUAAUAUAUAUAGUUGUAAAGUAUCUUUUAACACUACUAGCAGUUAGGUGGGGUUUGUAAAAUUUAAAAGUUUUCAGUACAGACAGUCUGAUUUUAAGUUUCCAUCACACUGACCGGUGCUGCUGAGAGCUGCUGAGAGGUAAAGUGACUCCUACUUAAGGAGUAGUUUACCAGUCAGCAGUCUCAUCUCACAAGUGACCGGAAAUCCUCAACUGUGAGCAGAGGCUUUCACCCCACAAUAUGCGAGUGUUUCUCUUGCCUUUUCUGUAAAAAGGAUAUUUGGGCAUUUAUAAAGUUGUAAGGAUUCCAUUUUAUUCAGACUUUAUCUCAUAUCAUGUUAAUAUUCACAAAGGGCAGACAGAGGACAGUCUGCACCUGAGUCUGCACAGUGUGGCAGGUUUGCUGUGACAGUGAAGCAGUAGCUGGCUGUUGGUUACUUGUUGAGUGUGUGGCUAAACAAGGGUGAUGUCUGCCUGAUGUUAGGCCUCGGCCUCUUCAGUGCCUUGGAAAGAUGGACCAAACACUGAAGAGUCCAGCUGUGACGUUAAAGAUCAGUAAAGGAGUGUCUAGAUUUGAAGAUUUCGUAGCACACAAAGCUUCCAGGGACAAAGGCUUUUGUGUCUGGUUUGAAAUGCCAACUGUUGUGUCUCUGUUCAUUUUUCUGUGUGAUUGAUUAGGCUAUAGGACCCUCUCACUUCCUGUAGGACUAGAGACAUGCUUUGCCUAGCUGGGGUUGUGUUGUUUCUGUUUUUCUCUUUGGUUUCAGUACAGUGUGUAUCUGAGCUGAGCUCCAGGGGAGUAACUCCUGACAGUAACAUGGCAUGUCCAUUUUCUCUUGUCCCUGAUUGAAGAGCAACUUUGCUUUUUAAAGUAUUGUUUAAAGUAAGUAAAUAUUGAGGUAUUUUGGUGACUUUCCGAAGCAAGAGUUCCUGCUUUGAAAGCUUGAUUUGUUUUUGUUUUUAAAUUAAUGUCUGGCUGGUGUUAAUAAAGGGGAAACACAUAAUUGAAAUGUUUUGCGUGGUACAAAUGUGUGACUCCUAGCUGCUGUGUUUAGCAACUGCUGUGUAUGUGUGUGUAUAUAGUGUUCCCAGUGCUUUGAAUCGAAUGGCUGUUGUCCUCCUUACUCUCUUUCAUGGCCUAGAGAAUAUUAAUGCUGAAAAGCUGUGAAUAAGGAAGAAAUCUCAUGCUCAAAAUAUGAAUUCCAAAAGUAGCUGAUAGUAACAUGAGAAAAUUAUGCCUAUGUGUUGCUGUGUAUAAAAAUCUUGUUUAUAAAUAUGAAAUUUUUUGAUGACGUAAAAUUUUGUUUAAAGAAUAGAAUUUGAAUUUUUCCUGUCUGCUUGAGAAAAGAAAGCUGAAAUAAGCUGGAGAGGCCUUUUGUAGUCUAUUGAGUACUUAUAGAUUCUCAAGAUUUCCUAUGUAAGGACAGAGCAGGUGUUUUCUAGCUUUAACAUCUAUGUAAAUAAUGGGGUCACUCAUGAGCAUUCGCUUGAGGUGGCUUUGUGGUGGAUGGCUUCUCAGCACGUUAGCCAUUGGCACUAGGCUUCUGUGGAAGUGCCAAGGAGGUAAUGUGCCUGUGGCAAGUCAUCUGAGUUUCAAGUGUGAAAACUUGUGAGCCUGGGACCAAGUCUUCCCAGGACACCCGGUCUCCAAAGUGACUUACGCAGUAUUCAGACCUUCUGUGCAAUGCCUUUGUUUGGGUUGUUUUUGUAACGGGUGCAGUGUAUUAUAGGAAAAAAAGGAAACUACAAUCACAAGCAGUUUUGUUUAAUGCUGCUUUGUCAGUUUUGUAAAAGAAAAUGUACAUAAUGUCUUUCAACAGGUUUUAGACUAGAGGAAAUAACAUUGUAAAUCACAGUAGCCUAAUUUAAUAGUAAAAGUACUUAAUGUAUUAUAAUGUGUAUAUUUCUCUAACUUUGUUUCCAGCUGUUUUAUAUGAUUGACAUGUUAUUUAAAGAUAACUACCAUAGCUUCUUAGAGACUUAUACUGUAAAUAAAGAGGAUCUUCAAUAAA